AUGAACGAGGACAAAGAUCUGUCAGCAAAACCAUCUGAAUCCACCAUUAUUAAUGUUUCAGAGACUCUGUUCUCACCUGCUCAGACUGGACAUUUAGAUGAAACAUUGUCUGAAAGCACUGUUACAAUGAUCUUGGAGAAGACAACUGCCAAAGAUCUACUGCCACCAACAGGUUUUUCUUCUAGUUUAUCAUCUACUGAGUCUGAAGCUUCUGGAGAUGACACCUCUGAUAUGUUUAGCAAAGAGUUCACAACAACAAGUUCUUCACUUUAUACUCCAACCAAAUCAGACUAUGAACUUACCAAAACAUCAUCUGAUAUGACAGAAACAAUCUCAAUGUCCAGCUCAACAGAUGCUCAAGCUACACGAGAUCAGACAACUGAGACACAAACAGCAUCCACUGCUAGGAAAGAUCUGUCAGCAAAACCAUCUGAAUCCACCAUCAUUAAUGUUUCAGAGACUCUGUUCUCCUCUUCUCAGAUGGGACAUUUAGAUGAGACAUUAUCUGAAAGCACUGUUACAAUGACUUUGGAGAAGACAACUGCCAAAGAUCUACUGUCACCAUCAAAGGCACUGUUGUCCUCUGCUCAGACCGGACAUUUCAAUGAGAUAUCUGAAAGCACAGUCACAAUGACCUCAGACCUCAAAGAUGUCCUUUUACCAUCAACUGUUUCUUCAAACUUGCCAUCAACUGAGUUUGAAGGUUCAGGAGAACAAACUACCACACAGACCCUUUCUACAGUACCUGCUAUAGACCUGACCAGUGCAAGCUCAGUGUGGACCUCAACUGAUGCAGAUAUCCCAAGAAUAAAGCCAACAGAGAGACAUCAAACAGAAUCUGUUUCUUCUUUUGUCGCUAAUAUCUCAGAAGAAACAGUUCAGCAAGAGGUUUCCAGUGAUGAAGACAGAAUUACACUGACAACUAAAGCAUAUGAUAAUUAUAUUGUAGCCACUGAUGAGGCAGAAAUUCAUGAGACUGGCCAAACAUCAGAGCCAAUGAGACCUGCAAGUUCUUCACAUUCCACUUCAUCAACAAAUGAAUUGUUUUCAAGCACAGUGCAAACAGUAGAUACAGACUCAUCUUCUGAACAAGGUAGUGGAGACAUUUCAGAAAAUGAAGUGGCUGAAGAUGAUGGCUCUGGUGAAAUAUCCUCUGCUGUUGUAGAAUCAAUACCUCGCCAUGUUGCACCAUCAGAGGACAAGACAACUGCUGUUGGUUUUGAGUCAACUCCUGCUUAUGGAGUGCAGCCAUCAGAAAAUGUGACAGCAACAAUAGAUGUUACAACAACUGUGAGUGGAAAAGCUAUACCAAGCUCAUUUUUUACUCUCACAGAGGUAGAAAGUUCUGGUCAGCAGACACCAGAGAUGUUCACCACAGCUCCCUCAUCUAUGAUCACAAGUCAAGAGGUCAUGACACCUCAACGAGAGAUUGUCUCUUCAAUGACUGAAUUUUCCAUGAUUAGUCACACAACUAAAGAAACUAGCACCCACCUUACAACAGAAUCAGUUAGAUCAAGUUACACAACAACAGAGCCUGUUAGUUCAAGACUCACCUCAGUGUCUUCUAGACCUUCUCAUACUAUUACUGAAUUACAGUUGACUAAACACACCACAGAAUCAAUUAUUAGUCCUACUACAAUUGGAUCAGGUAAACCUAGUCUCACUUCAGUGGCAACAGUUGAAUCUGACCACACUGCACCUUCAGGUAUUCAAACGAUGCCUGGUCCUUUUAAGCACAUCCAAAUAUCAACAGUCACUGCUAGUUAUGAAGCAACUUCAGCUCUUCUCAGGACAAAAACAAUGUUUACAUCUUCUAGCAAAAGCCAAAGCAAGCACACAACAAUUUCAUCUGAUGCAGAGGAUGAUACAACAGAUGAUGAAGGAUCAGGGGUGUCCCCUGUCAUGCAUGUUUCAUCAUCGGCCAUCAAAACUCAGACUGGUUCUCCUACAGUUCAUAUAACUAGCACUGGUUUCACAGAACUAGACAGAGACAUCACUAUAACACAAAAUUCAAUACCUAUCAUAUCUGCCUCUGUAGAGAGCGAAGGCUCUGGUAUUGCAGAAGAUGACCAAGAAACCACUCAAGUGGAUAGUUCUGGUGAAGAGAACAGAGUAAGUCCAACAGAGGAAAUGUAUGACAAUUAUACCGUGCCCACUGAUGACAUUGAAAUCAGUGAGGCUAACCACACAUCAGAGCUAGUGAGCUUUGUAAGUUCCUCCCAUUCUACGUCCUUCACAACUAAAUCAACAUUGUUGUCUAGCACGGUCCAAACAACAGUGAGAUUUUUAUCUACUGAAAGUAGUGAAAUAACAGCUGAAAGUGAAGUGGAUGAAGAUGGUGGCUCUAGUGGUGAAAUAUCACCAUCAGCUCUUGAGUCAAUUCCUCCUCAAGAUACACCCACUGAGGACAAAACAACUUCAACUACAAUCACACAACCACAGGGACCUGAAGCUGCAACACCUGCUGCAGAACUGACAUCUGAGGCUUUAUCAGUUUCAGAGACACAAAAGAGUACCUUACAGCCAAGCACUCCAGAUACUGACUUAAAUAGGUUUGCAUUAUCAACCACAGAGGAUGACAAGGAAUUUACCUCGCCAGGAGAUCCUACUGAUGAAAUAUCCAAAACACUAACAACUAAGGCAUAUGAUGACCUAACUGUAAGAACCGACGAGGCAGAAGUUGAUGAGACUGAGGAGAAAACAGGUUUCUUGAGUGCUGCAUCUGUCACUGGCAGUACAUAUUUCAUACAUCAGUCAACUUUAUCUCCAUCUCCCUCAUUCCUAAGCUCCACCCAGUCAACUGUAACGUUUAUGACUUCACUUUCAGAGGAUGGCAGUGGGGAAGACUCAACUGAGGGGGAUGGAGCAGAAGAUGAUGGAUCAGGUGAUGAUACAACUCCUGUGACAUCUUCACCUUUGCUAUCAAGCUCAAAGAUGACAGAGACAACGAUUAGCCUUACACCCUUUAGCUCAGUCAAAAGUGGACAGUACAAUACAGCCAGAGUUGUUUCACAGGGACGCACAACAAUUGAAAGGCAGAGUGUGUUUUCAAGCACAAGUGCUGAAGGUUUCGCUCUGGUGUCAGUGACAGCACCGACAGAGCAGGGACAUUCUGCUGUUUCUGUCUCAGAUUUAGCAGCAACUAGCAUUACAGCUCCAGGAACACCAUCUGGUGUGAUAACCAGCCACACUAAAUUGCCUUCUUUCAUGACACCUCAAGAUCCUGUGUCCACCGCUACUCCAUUGGUCUUCUCUAGGGACAGUGCUGAUCAGCAAGUCACUCCAACAAGCCCAGUCUUAAUAUUCACAGAGGAGGAGGAAGAUGAAGAUAAGCUGUUUUCAACUGUAACAGAAAGUAUGAGAGAUCAUAGCAUCAAACCAGAAGUUUUCAAUAAGGAUGACAUGAUUAUUGAUGCAGAUACUAUGUCUGUUUUAGAGCAGUCUUCUCCCUUCGCCCCUACAAUUGUUACAGAAGAAGCAGCUGGGGUAACCCCAAUUGGCAUGACGGCACAACCCUUAAGGUUUAUGACAGAGGAACCAGAGGGAUCUGGAAUGGACGGCACUGAGUUACCUCAGUUACAUGUGUCAUUUGAAACCACAACAGACAGGUUAAUAGUUCAACAAACCCAGUCAACCCCAGACAUCUUGCAGAGCAGUUCAACAUAUUUUGAAGAGGAAACACAAGCAACACAAUCUCCCGAGGCUACUGAUGCUGAUGUACCUGAACACACACAAGAUGGCCAGACCUCCACAGAAUCCACAGAAUUUACAAUGGAGACACUGACUGAUGUCUUCUCAGGAGACGCUUUGUCUACUGAUGAUUCUAUUCUGGAAACUGAUUUAACCCCCAUGCCAUCUCAAGUGUCCACAGACAGAGUCAUAGAAAUGGUCUCAGCUGAAGAGGACCCAUCUGAAGUUGUAUCAACACAAGCUUCCAAGACCAAAAACAAAACAAUGCCACCAACAGCCCUAAAAAGAAAGACAACACAUCUGCCACUACAUACAAUAUCUUCUAAGGUGGAAGCUUCAAGUGAAUUAUCUGACCAAUAUGAACCUACUCAAACAACUAUGUCCAGUCACCUUUUCACUUCAUCCAUUGCUGUUACAAGUAGUUCUCUUUAUGUUGAUUCUGUUUCACCUGAAGAGGAAAUAAACUUUACUGGAGAUUAUCUAACAUCUGCCUCAUCAAGUUCUGGAGAAAGUGUUUCUUCACAACAUCCAGAUGAGAUCACAGGCACUGAACAGCCAGUUUCUCCAGUAUCGGAUUUAACAAGCACUGCAUCUUUCCAUACUGCAUCAAGUGCUAGCAUGACUGAACCUGCCAAAACCACUACAAGUACAUACACCAAAACAGCAGCAACAGAUGAUAAUGACUUAACAGCUGACACAGAGGAAACAUUAUGCAUGACAAGUGUUGAUGACAUUGAACUCAGUAGUCCCUCUACUGAUAAGGCAAUUCAGGGGAGUGAUUUAACAAGCACAGAUAUAUCAUCUAGAUCUGGUAUUUCAGAGGAAACCACAAGUGCAUUAUUUUCUUCAACAGAUUAUGGCUCAGGGGACCAAACAAUUGAAACAGUUACAGGACUGUCUGAUUCAACAGACUCACCUUUAAUAACUGAAGAUGAUUCAGUGACAUCAUCUAUGGAGAGUGAUAUUGUGAUUUACUUUGGAACAACCCCUUUGCCUGAAGCAAUUACAGUAACUGAUGGUGAACCAUAUCAUCAAGCUUUGUCUGAAAUGACAGUGACACAUAAGCCCAACACAGACAUCAGGAUUGAUGAAGACGUGCCAUUGCCAUCAACAACCAUUCCCACACCUCUUAUAUCUGCAUCAAAGUUUAAUACGACUACGGACAUAGUAACAUUAGUGGGAUCUCCUACAUCUACACCCAUACCAGGGCUGAGUGACAAAACAGUAGCUCCACUUUCCUCUGAGGAAGAGACAGAUAACAUAAUAGAUUAUGAUACAAAAACUGAACCUUACAACGUAUAUUCCAUGCCAGAUUUCAUGAACAAAACAGACAUCGACAAUGACAUUAGCUUAGAAGAUGUGACUAGCAUUGAUGACAUCACUCAUCCUGAAGGUGAGAAGAGCUUCUCUACCUCACCACCUGAUGCUGAGACAAGCUUUGAGACCACAUCAGAGCCUGAUGUUGUGACUGGUUUUGAGACCACCUCUCAGCUUGACACUGAAACAAGCUUUGAGACAACCAUGCAAACAGACAUUGAGAGUGAAACUACUUUUGAGAGUGUCUCAAGAACUGAGAGUGAUGCUUCAGUCACCAGGUCACCAAACAGUGGAACAAGUAGUUCAGAGAAAAGCACACCUGGAGAGGUAAACACCAUAUUAUCUGAUAAGCAUCACACCACAGCAAGACUUUCUGAUGUCACAGAUAAACCAAAUUCCACUGCUACAAGUGAAGACAAAUUCUUGGAAGAAAGAGUUGAGCAUACAACCCAGUCCAAACAAAAUGACACAGGAUUCAGGACCACCACACAACCUCAAUAUGAUGGUUCUGUAACUUCCAGUAGUUUGAAGAGCAGCUCAGAGAAGGAUUCAGUUAUCAUCCCAUCAUCUGAUGAGGUUCAGGCAGUAAUUCUGUCUACUGCAACAGCCUCACCUUUUCUUCUGACACCUGAGUCUGAUAUAAAGAUUGUCAGUAAGGAAACUGCCUCAAGGAAACAAGAAGCAGCUGGUCAGAUUGAGGAAGCUGUAACUCUUACAACUGAGAUUCCAAUUCAAGAAGAAGAUCAGAUGACAUCAUCAGUACCUACAACCCAAAGUGAGACUGCAACACCAUUUUCCUCCCAUGAAGACGUUUCUGAGGCCACUUUGGUUAAAAGCUCACCUCCAAGUGCACAGAAUGAAAGCACAACACACAGUACAGCAGACCUUCCAUACACAAUGAUCGGACAGACAUUUGAUAUUCCAGAUGUUCAUUCCUGUUCUGAUGAUGUUUGCUUGAAUGGCGGUUCUUGUGUAAAAAUAGUCGGUGCUCAGAUCUGCAGCUGUCCACCUGGAUACAGUGGUGACCAGUGUGAAAUAGACAUCGAUGAAUGUCAAACAAACCCUUGUCGUAAUGGAGGAACAUGUAUUGAUGGCCUGAACUCAUUCACCUGUGUAUGUCUUCCGAGUUAUGCAGGAGCACUGUGUGAGCAAGACACUGAAACAUGCAGCUAUGGCUGGCACAAGUUCCAGGGCCACUGCUACAAAUUCUUUCCUCAUCGGCGUAACUGGGACACAGCAGAGCGUGAAUGUCGCCUCCAGGGGGCACACCUGGCUAGUGUCCUGUCCCAUGAGGAGCAGCAGUACAUCAACCGCCUCGCCCAUGACUACCAGUGGAUCGGUUUGAAUGAUAAGAUGUUUGAGAAUGAUUUCCGGUGGACAGAUGGUAGUGUUGUGGUAAGACCAUUCUUCAAAACUUGCUUAUUAGUUUCUCAAAUGUCCUGCAGUCAGCCUCCUCUUGUCCUUAACACCCGCACAUUUGGCCUGCUGCGCCCACGAUAUGAGAUCAACUCACUGAUCAGGUACCAGUGCAUGGAUGGCUUCAUCCAGAGACAUGUUCCCACCAUUCGCUGCAGAGGAGACGGCACAUGGGAUUUGCCAAGGAUUUCCUGCAUGAGUCGUAAGUAUUCUGUGAAAACCCAACACAACUUUUUCACAACAACCAUCCCUAUAGAGCUUGAAUGA